GACAUCAGCACUCGGCUUAAAUACCCGCAGCUGCGAGCAGUGUCAACAUAAGCAGGCACACCUUCAUAUGGGGGCAUCUGGAGCCAAACAAUGCUUGAAACUGAACAUAGCCUUUCUCUCUGUCAUGAAUUUUACGUUCUUCUGAGAAGAGAAUAUUUCAGAUUGACAUGUUGCAGCAGGGUGUCUUAUUUUUCAGAGAAAGAUUUCUAAAUAUCACAGAGAUUUCUUACACUAUAACGUUUAUGCAUUGUUUGAUUUAAUAAUGACAAACGACAGUCUUGCGUUUGGUGAACUGGAAGUGAAUGUUUCUGAGCUGCUGCCUCUCAUCGCUCUUAGCCAGAACCACAGCACGUUUCCUGCGCUCCGGCUUGAGUUCAAGUCUCUGGUCACCUCAGCCACCAUGUUCGCAGUGGGAGUCCUGGGGAACCUCAUCGCUAUAGUUGUUCUGUGUAUCUCCAAAAAGGAACAAAAGGAAACCACGUUCUACACUCUGGUGUGCGGGAUGGCCAUCACAGAUCUUUUGGGGACUUGCUUCACCAGCCCGGUAGUGAUCGCCACAUAUGUGGCCAACCGCUGGCCGGGUGGAACGCUGCUGUGCCACUUCUUCUCCUUCUCAAUGUUGUUUUUCGGCUCAGCAGGGAUGUCCAUACUGUGCGCCAUGGCCGUGGAGCGAUACAUGGCCAUAAACCAUGCGUAUUUCUACUCCCAGCACAUUGACAGGACUAUGGCGCGCUUUGCGCUCGUGGUCACAUACCUGGCAAACAUUGUGCUGUGCAUAAUGCCCAGUUUUGGAUUCGGCCAGCACGUAAGGCACUUCCCAGGGACUUGGUGCUUUCUAGACUGGAGGGCAAUGGAUCCACUCGGUGCCUGCUACUCCUUCCUGUAUGGUGGCGUGAUGCUGCUGCUGAUCCUAGUGACAGUUUUGUGUAACUUGGCGGUGUGUAGGUCGUUGGUGGGGAUGAACCAGAGGACAGGGAUAGUCAGGACGGAGUUGUGUGAGCAGGGAGGAUCACGGCGCCGCUUCCCCCGGCUGCCCUCAGUCACCUCUGCGGCGGAGAUCCAAAUGUUCUGGCUCAUGAUCCUCAUGACCAUCGUUUUCCUGGUCUGCUCCAUCCCUUUAGUGGUGCGUAUCUUUGUGAACCAGCUUUACGACCCUGCUCUAAUUUCCGCUGGAGGAAAGCCAGACUACCGGAGCGACAUGAUGGCAAUCCGUUUCGCCUCUUUUAACCCAAUAUUGGACCCCUGGGUUUAUAUUUUGUGUAGAAAGAACCUGUUGCUGAAGGGCUGUGAGAAACUGAAGAGGACAGUACUCCUGGUAAAAGGAGGCCGAGGGGAUAACAUUGGCUGGGAAGGAGAUCAACAAUCCCCCCCGUCUUUACACAGCAACGACACUAGUUACGCGUCAUUACGCACAGCCAGCUACAAGAAUGACGUGGAUCACCGCGUGUCCAUCAAGCAUCAGACUUUCACAGAUUUCGCAAUGAGGCAAGCGUGGGAAUACGACACAGCCAGGGCCAACUUUCACCCGUUCAGCGUGGAGUCGACAGCGAUCCUGGGCUGUGAAGAGGAUGUAGCAGCCGAGUCCAAACAGGAGGUGGCGGCCAAGUCGUCUCCUGGGCGCAGUGCAACACCGCACAUCUCGGCUCACGUCAGAAAAGUGGACAUCGUCACCUGCACAUUCAGCACACCGAGCUCGUGCCAGUCAGUAAAAUGCCUUUGAUAGACCUGAUUUGUCUGCCAACACCACGUGGUAAAUGGCUCAGUGUCUAACAGCUGCUUCUUCUGCACAGCAAAUGUGUGCUUCAUACCCCGUCAUUGCGGAAGCAACGUUGCUUCUUUGUAAAAUCCUCUUUUGACAUUGUAGCGCUUCAGGUUUGAAGCUGUGAACAUUUAAACCGCACUUUGGAAAACUGGCUGAUAUCGAACCAACAUUCGCACUAAACUAUCAUAUGAUGUGACACGUGGGACUCUGUUGAGGUUAGAAGGUCCAGUUGAAGGGCACAGCAGUUUAAAUGCAGUGUGAAAGUAAACCCAUAUCUGCUUUCUAAUAGCAGGUAGUCAAAUACCGACGCCUUUUUCCCCCAAUGUCACGUGAAAACGCUAAGUGUAAUUUUACGUGACAUACAAACAAGCUCUGUCACUUGUACAGACUCCAUAGCCGUUCAAGGGUCAAAACUAACUCGCGACGUUUACUUGUAUGAAUGAAUUGUUCUAUGAAGAUGUGUCAAUUUUAUCUAAGGCUGAAUCUUUUGUAAAGUUUGAGAAGAAGAAAAAGACAAAUUGAGUUUCACAUGAUACUGAACCACCGCCUACUUGCUGUGGCCUACGUUUAGUGAUGUUUGAACCCUUUAUCGUAUUCCCUGCAUAUCUCCACAAAGUGGUUAGUGUUGUUUAGUGUUUCGACAAAUGUAGGUUUCUUGUUGUGUGUCUGUAUUUAGCAGAAGGCCAUGUCAAAGCAUUGACAUUUGACACCUCGGGGGAUGAGACUUGUGUACACACACUCACAGAAACAUACAGUACAUACAAACAGGGCAUUAAGGUCUAACAAUUUCCAAAUGUGGAAAUCUAAACAGAAUUAAAUCAUACCCCAUGGGUACAAACAUCCAUCUCUGUCAUAUGCAGAGUUUGAUACACUGUGUACAUGCAAUACGUUUGCUCUUUGUGUUGUUAUUCCACUAUAAAUCUACAUGCUGCUAUUGACUCUCUGCCACUGGACCGUGUUGCAUGAUGAAGGGAGAACUGAAUGUAGUCAUUUGAACUCUUAAACUUUGUUGAAUUUUGUAUUUCAUUGCACAUUUGUAUGUCAUGGUUUGAUACCUGUAAAUGCUGACCGGUCAACAUGACCAUGUAUUAACUUUGAAAACAUGAAUACCAAAUAAAUCUUGCUGUUAGCUGUUUGA